AUGCCAGCCGUAGAUACUUAUGCUGCGGAAAUGCCACUCGUAGACGCUGCGGAAAUGCCAGUCGCAGAUACUUCUGCUGCGGAAAUGCGAGUCGCGGAUGCUUCUGCGGAAACGAUAGCAGCAGCAGGGGAGCCUGCGCAAGCCGUGGAGAUCGGGGAACCCCGUCACGCGGCGGAAAUUGACGAAUCCCCCCGAUUAACGGAAGCGGCCACUCCGCUACUCGUGGUAGCAUUGGGGGAAGCAUCUGCAGAAGCAUCGGCGGAAGCAUCGACGGAAGCACCGGCGACUGAGUUACCGCCGGGGACUGACAGACUUCAAGGUCAAAGUAGUAACGUUGGCGAUAUAGAUCAAGCUGGUAACUCUGGCGACCGAAAUGAAGGGAGUAACCUUGGCGACGAUUACGGCCUAGGUCCAGCUCAGCCUGAUACCACUGCACCUAGUACCAGUGCUAGUAACGCCGCGAUUCUCGCUCCGAAAGGGCCAAUCACAGACGCGCGCAAUGGCCAAGACGCGGCGAACACGUCAGCGCGACACCGCGAGCUGGUAGACGCCACAGGGCAGCUGCUAUUCCUUGCGAGCCGCGGCAUAAUCGAGGGGGUUAUAGACCUAUUGGAUCGCGGCGUGAGUCCGGAUUUGGCGGAUUAUGACGGGCGAACGGCGCUGCAUCUGGCGGCGAGCGAGGGGAAGGUGGAUGUGGUGCGGGUGCUGCUUGAGCGAGGCGCGGAUGUGAACCCCAAGGACCGCCACGGCAACACGCCCUUGGCAGACGCGCAGUCGUACGGAUCCGGAGAGAUCUGCCGCCUGCUCAAGGAGAAAGGGGGCAUGCUCUGUGAGAGUGCGCGCAUACGCAAUGCAGGGGCGAGCUCGUUCAACCAGCACGACUACGAGAUCGAUGGUAGUGAGAUCGACCUGGGCACGUCCAAGGUCAUUGGCGAGGGGUCUUUCGGGGAGGUGCGCCUGGCGAGUUGGAGGGGCACGCCCAUCGCUGUGAAGGUGCUGAGAGAUGAAUACGCUGCCGACCCUGCCGCCCUCAACGAGUUCAGGCAGGAGCUGCGCAUCCUGCAGUCGCUGCGCCACCCCAACAUCGUGCAGUUCCUGGGAGCCGUUACCAAGUCCCGCCCGCGCAUGAUCGUCACCGAGUACCUCAAGGUGAAUCUGAGGGACGUCAUUCGCAAGAAGGGCGCGCUGCCAGCGCACGAAGCAAUGCGCUACGCCCUUGACGUUGCCAGGGGCAUGUGCUAUCUGCAUGCCCACCGGCCAGACCCUGUAAUACACCGCGACUUGACCCCCAG